AUCAUCCUCAAAAGCGAGGGAUGGAUAAUGAAGAGUGUGUGCUGAACAUGAAACCAUGCCGCGGGUACAUCACACCUGUUCACUGGUGACAAGAUAAUGGCUUGCCGGAGCGGCUGCGGCUGCGGCAUCGGUCCACUGAAUGAAGACAACGCUCGGUUCCUGAUGUUAGCGUUGUUCAUAAUCCUCUACCUCCUCUGCGGGGCCGCUGUCUUCUCAGCUCUGGAGCAGCCCAAAGAGCGGGAGGCAAAAGAACGAUGGGAGCAAAGGUUUGAACAUUUCAGUCAAACCUACAACCUGAGUAAGAAAGAGUUGAACAACUUCCUCAAAAACUACGAGGAAGCGAAUAUGGCCGGCAUUCGUGUGGACGCUAUCCGACCUCGUUGGGACUUCCCCGGGGCGUUUUACUUCGUGGGGACCGUUGUUUCAACCAUUGGCUUCGGGAUGACCACGCCAGCAACCAUCGGGGGCAAAGUUUUCCUGAUCUUCUACGGCCUUGUCGGCUGUGCCUCCACCAUCCUCUUCUUCAACCUCUUCCUGGAACGUGUCAUCACUGUCAUCGCCUACGUCCUCAAGUUCUGCCACCAGCGGCGUCGGCGCAUCGCCGUGCUCCCCCCAAGGAGCCGGCGACUCUCCGAGGGCUGCGGAGGCAGCCGGGGCGAGGGCCUAGCCGGCUGGAAGCCCUCGGUCUACUGCGUGAUGCUGAUCCUGGGCGCGGCGGCCAUCUUGGUCUCCUGCUGUGCCUCGGCCAUGUACUCAGCGGUGGAGGGCUGGGGCUACCUGGACUCGCUCUACUUCUGCUUUGUGGCCUUCAGCACCAUCGGUUUCGGGGAUAUGGUGAGCAGCCAGAAGGCUGUGUACGAGAGCUCGUCUACGGCCUAUCACCUGGGGAACUUCCUGUUCAUCCUGACGGGAGUGUGCUGCAUCUACUCGCUCUUCAACGUCAUCUCCAUUGUCAUCAAGCAGGUGCUCAACUGGCUGCUGAGGAGGCUGGAGGCACCCUGCAGUUACUGUCCGGGGAGGGGGGGGGGGGGGCAGAAACACCAGCGGAAUCCCCGCAGGAACGUGGUGGGGCCCGGGCACCCGCGCAUGCACCGGGAUCUCUCCAUUGAGACGGACGCGGUGAACGAGAGCGAGGUGGACGGGAGGAGGAUGUCUGGGGAGAUGAUCUCCAUGAGGGAUUUCCUGGCAGCCAACAAGGUGAACCUAGCCAUCAUGCAGAAGCAGCUAUCAGAGAUGGCUAACGGGCAUCCUCGUCAACCAGGCUCCUGUUCCCGCCAUAACGGCUUCUCUGGCGGCGUGGGUGCACUGGGCAUCAUGAACAAUCGCCUGGCCGAGACCAGUGUGGACAGAUAGAUCUGGAAAAGACAUGGUGGGGGGUCAGAUGAAAAGGAGAUGUCCUCCCGUCUCUCAGAGAGAGAGAGAAAGAUAUCAUCAUUUGAAACAUCCUGUAUUAAACAUGUAGACGGUUACACAGUGUCACAGCUCCAUCAAGUUGUCUAUCUCCAGGAAGACAUCCCGUGGGAAUAGAACUACCAUACUGUAGAGUUCAUCACUAGGAGACCAACCAGGCUUCUGACAGACCAUGAAAACUGUAAUGCUUUCAGGGUUGCUGGAAACACAUCUGGUCUACAUGACUGUACUGAAAUGCUGAACUUCAGAAUCAGUUUCCAUGGUGAUGGAAACUGCCCCAAGGAUCUGUCGUUGAGGGUUACCAACCAACGUUUUCCCUGCUGUAUGGAACUCAUCACGGUAGCAGUCGCAUGUGUUUUAAAUCUGACCUCUUCGCUAACCCCUGUCAGGAGAGACAGUUGGAGAAUGUUGUCCCGAGAGGAUAGAGUGGAGAGCUACCAAACUGUUUUUUUUUUUGUUGCUCCAGCUGUAACUAACUUGAUUUAUCUUACAGCCGGCUAAUUAACAGAAUCCUGCUUGCUUAAUUGAGGUUUGAGUGAAAACCUAGAGAGAGAGACAAUGAAUGCUUCACUGAGGUGUUUAUGAUGCACUCGCAGUGUCUAGAGAAAUUUCCUGACAUACUUACAUAAUUUGUCACCGUAGAUGUCUGAAUGAGACAUACAGUGAAUACAAGAGUAUG